AUGCCCGGCACGUUACCCGGACUAAUGUCAGCGCCGAGCUCUUCAGGCGAUAGCAGUCACGCGACCGAAGAUGCGCCCAUUUUGCCGCACCCGCACCCUCCUUCCUCCCUACCACUUCCUCCGCCACCGCACUCAGACUCAGUCGAAGGUAAAUUACCUGCACGGCCGCCGAAGAUCAGCACUAUAUCUCAUCCACUCCAAACUGCACCGCCUGCGACCUUCCCUAUUGACACCAGGAAUGUUCGUGCCGGUCCUAGCACAUCCCAUUCCGAUCCGGGCGUCCCAUCGCCGACCCAAUUUCUACCUGCUCAAACGGAGGUUAUCCACACGUGUCAAGUCUGCGCCGAAGAUCUGCCCACUGACAAGUACUCGCGUUACAAGCUCGCAUCUAACUGUCAGCACUCUUCCGUCGUCUGCCGACGUUGUGUUCGCCAGUACUUGAAGAACCAGAUAGAAGAGCUCGGGAAUACGCGUCUCCUUUGUCCCGUUCCGGAAUGCCGUGCCGAAAUUUCCUAUCAUCGGGUCAAGCGGUAUGCCCGUUCUCGCGUGUUUCAGAGAUACGACGCGCUGUUGUUGCGCAAGAAUCUGGGCGCUGACCCCAAUUUCAUCUGGUGCAAGAACCCGAAAUGCGACUCAGGUCAAGUUCACGACGGCAUUGAAGGGGGUUCGGUCAUCAUCACCUGCGUAAAAUGUGGCAGCAAAGCUUGUUCAUUCCAUGAUGCUCCCUGGCACGAAGGGCUGACCUGUGCACAAUACGAUCAACGGAAGAUGGACAAACAGGGACGGGAAGCGGCUGUCGAAGCCUAUUUUUCGAAGAAUACGAAACAGUGCCCGAAGUGUAACGCACCCAUUGAGAAGAUAUCUGGUUGUGAUCAUAUGACUUGUCGACCUCCUGGAGGUUGCGGCUUUCAAUUGUAA